GCCCAUCUUUCUGGAUGAGAGCCUGUCCUAGUGAUCUCUAAUCUUGGCUGGCACUCCACCUCUGUGAACUGCAUUUCCCUUGAUGCUCUGCCAGCCUCCAGGCUAUCUGAGCAUCACGGGAAAUGUAGUUUACAAAACAGAAAAGGGGAUAGAAAGCUCAGCCAACAGUCUCUUGUGUCCCCCUCCUCCUCCGGCAGAUUGCACAGCGUGGGAGGCUGGCUGAGGGUGAUGGGCAUCCCCUCCUAGAGCGGAAGGCUGGCUGAGGAUGAUGGGCCUCCCCUCCUGCAGGGGUGGGUCUCUGCGCAGCCUCCCUGCCGCCCCCCCAGCCCUGGGAGAAUGGCGAUGAACAAUUUCCUCUUCGCCCAGUGCGUGCUCUAUUUCCUGGCCUUCCUCUUCAGCUUCAUCGCCGUGAUUCCCCUCUCCGAGAACAGCACCGACUUCCACGGGAAAUGCCUGCUCUUCACCCAGGGAGUGUGGCUCAGUGUGAACGCCACUCAGGAGAGGGAGCACUUCGCGGUGGAGGAGUGGGGGCCGGAGUCUGCCUGCAGGUUCAGCGUGUUCACCGGCCUGCUCUCCCUGCUGGUCUGCGCGGUGCAGGCUUGGAGGAGCGUCUUCUACCUGUGCAAGGGCCAUGAGGAGUGAGUAUGACAGUGAUACAAAAUAUCACCAGUUACUGUGAUACAAAAUAUCACCAGCUACUAUGAUACAAAAUAUCACCAGCUACUGUGAUACAAAAUAUCACCAGCUACUGUGAUACAAAAUAUCACCAGCUACUGUGAUACAAAAUAUCACCAGCUACUGUGAUACAAAAUAUCACCAGCUACUAUGAUACAAAAUAUCACCAGUUACUAUGAUACAAAAUAUCACCAGUUACUAUGAUACAAAAUAUCACCAGCUACUAUGAUACAAAAUAUCGCCAGCUACUGUGAUACAAUAUAUCACCAGCUACUAUGAUACAAAAUAUCACCAGCUACUGUGAUACAAUAUAUCACCAGUUACUAUGAUACAAAAUAUCACCAGUUACUAUGAUACAAAAUAUCGCCAGCUACUGUGAUACAAUAUAUCACCAGUUACUGUGAUACAAUAUAUCACCAGCUACUAUGAUACAAUAUAUCACCAGCUACUGUGAUACAAUAUAUCACCAGCUACUGUGAUACAAUAUAUCACCAGCUACUAUGAUACAAAAUAUCACCAGCUACUGCGAUACAAAAUAUCACCAGCUACUGUGAUACAAAAUAUCACCAGCUACUGUGAUACAAAAUAUCACCAGUUACUAUGAUACAAAAUAUCACCAGUUACUGUGAUACAAAAUAUCACCAGUUACUGUGAUACAAAAUAUCACCAGUUACUAUGAUACAAAAUAUCACCAGUUACUAUGAUACAAAAUAUCACCAGCUACUAUGAUACACAAUAUCACCAGUUACUGCGAUACAAAAUAUCACCAGCUACUAUGAUACAAAAUAUCACCAGUUACUGUGAUACAAAAUAUCACCAGUUACUGCGAUACAAAAUAUCACCAGCUACUGUGAUACAAAAUAUCACCAGUUACUAUGAUACAAAAUAUCACCAGUUACUAUGAUACAAAAUAUCACCAGCUACUGUGAUACAAAAUAUCGCCAGCUACUAUGAUACAAAAUAUCACCAGUUACUGCGAUACAAAAUAUCACCAGUUACUAUGAUACAAAAUAUCACCAGUUACUAUGAUACAAAAUAUCACCAGUUACUAUGAUACAUAGACUGUGUUACAGUGAUACAAAGAUCACCAGUUACUAUGAUACGUAGAGCCUGCUACACAUUAUGUCACCUAUCACCUGAUACACUGUAUGUCACCCAUCAUCUGCUACAGUGAUACAUUGUACGUUAACUGCUACAAUGACAUAGUGAUCCUGCUUAAUACAUUGUAACAUAUCACCUGCUGAUACAUUGUGAGUCACCUGCUACAGUGAUACGUUGCAUGGUAUACCACCUGCUACAGUGUGACAUUGUAUGCCACCUGAUACAGCAAUACAUUGAUACAUAGAGCCUGCUACAGAGAUACAUUGUAGCAUAUCACCUGCUUAUACACUGUGAGUCACCUGUCACAUACUACAGAGAUGCAUUAAUUGUCACCUGAUACAGAGAUACAUUGAAACAUAUCACCUGCUGUUACAUUGUUACCUGCUACCGUGAUACAUUGAUACAAAGAGCCUGCUACACAUUUACAUUGUAUGUCACAUAUCACCUGUUACAUUGUAUGUCACAUAUCUACCAUCACCCCAAUGUAUAGAAACAGCCCCUCAUUUUACAUUCUAUAUCCACAUGCAUUAUAUCUCAUAAGCUACCAACACUCCCAAUGUAUAGAAAUAGCCCAUCAUUUUACAUUCCAUAUACAGGUGAUCUAUAUCACAUAACUACCAACACUCCAAAUGUAUAGAAUCAAUCCCUCAUUUUACAUUCUAUAUCCAGGUGCAUUAUCUACACAUCCCAUACCUACCAACACUCCAAAUGUAUAGACACAGUCGCUCAUUUUACAUUCUAUAUCCAGGUGCAUUAUAUACACACCCAUACCUACCAACACUACCAGUGUAUAGACACAGUCUCUCAUUUUACAUUCUAUAUCCAGGUGCAUUAUAUACACAUCCCAUACCUACCAACACUCCAAAUGUAUAAACACAGUCCCUCAUUUUACGUUCUAUAUCCUAGUGCAUUAUAUACACAUCCAUACCUACCAAUACUCCCAAUGUAUAGAAACAGUCCCUCAUUUUACAUUCUAUAUCCAGGUGCAUUAUAUACACAUCCCAUACCUACCAACACUCCCAAUGUAUAGAAACAGUCCUUCAAUUUACAUUCUAUAUCCUAGUGCAUUAUAUACACACCCACACCUACCAACAUUCCCAAUGUAUAGAGACAGUCCCUCAUUUUACAUUCUAUAUCCUAGUGCAUUAUAUACACAACAAUACCUAUGACCUGUACUUACCAACUCUACCAAUUUAUAGGAGAGGUUACUGCUGUUGUAGUGUUGGGAAAUUAAUUCCUAUAUGUGUAAGCAUAAUUGCCAAGUGACCCAUAUUACAGGGGCAUUCCUUAUUUUUCUAAGAGUUACAGCUUGUGUAGAUUUUCUAUUCUGGCUUAAAUAAGUUCCACGUAUAAUUUUAACCCAUCUAAAACAAGUGACAUUUUAUUUAUCUGCAAGAGUUAAUUAUUUUAUAUUAGUCAAUGAAAACUCUUGUAGAUCAGUGUCUGAUUCACUUAUAAUAAUUUUAUUGAUAUAUUUUAUAAUUUAUUCUAAAUGGUAAUGAUACUAACUUGCAUAAGUAAUCUGACUGCAAUACAGUCAGAGAUUCAGCACUUAGCUGGCCUUGGUGCUGACUGAUACAUUUCAGUCAAAGGGGUGUAUGUCUACAUUUUAGGACUGAUUGACAGCUAGCUAUACCCCUUGGCAAUGGCAGAAUAGAGAAGAUGUCAGGGUGAGCCUAGACCCUUUAAGGGUUUGUGUAUCUGACCAGUUGUGUGCAGACUUAAGCAAUAUCUUACACAUUUGUUUAUCCUAAACUAGUGUUAAACCUAGAGUGGUGGGAACUUAUAACUUUUAUUAUGUUAUGCUACUAUAAGGCUAGCAAAGUAUUAUGGGGAGUGUAGUUCUACAACAUCUUCAGCUCUGCCUUUGACCACCUUUGUGUUAAACAAAUUUCCUUUUCACCUUAUUGAGGUUUAUUAACUACACAAAAAAUUUUGGUGAACUGUUAACCAGAUUGCAAAUUAUAAAUUAAAAUAUUCCAAGCUGUGACUAUAUAUGAGUUGAAGAUUUUUUUUACUCCAAAUCAGCUUUUACAUAAAUAUUGCUGUUCAGAUUUCAAUUUGGCACAAUUUAGUGUUUAGUAAAUAAAUCCCUUCAUGUCACAGAUCAGAUUUUAUAUACGUGUGUGUGUGUGUGUGUGUGUGUGUGUGUGUAUAUAUAUAUAUAUGCAAAAACAAAAUAAAAAAUAAAAUUUGUUCUCACACUGAUUAUAAACCGAGCAAACUGAAAUACAAAAUCAGAACAGCCUACUGUAAGCCAUUGGUAAUUACCAAUGAAUUUAUUUGAAUGAAAGUAUUUGCUACUCGUGCCCACAGUGUGCAUGCAUAAGUCACAUAACGUGGAUUCCUUUGAGAAAUUUGGAGCAGAGGUUUUUGGAUAGCUGAUCUAAUUUCCAAGUCAUAUUAACGCUCACUUCCUCUUGAUUUCUCUUGUUGUUGCGUACAUUGGAAAAGUUCAAGCAUUCAAAUAAAGUUGAACAUUUUUUACUAUGAACUUUGUGCACGAAAUAGGUCCAGGUUUGGGCUGUCCAUUGGAAACCGUGUUUUUGGGCAUUGCCAAAUUUAGCACCACCUAUUACUGAUUAGAUAUCUACUGCUUUAUGACCAGUGGAAAUGGUGCCUCAUAUCAUUGCAUCUAGUUGACCUCUUUAGAACCUAUUUAGAUGACAGGAUGUUUCUUUGUUGAAAUCAUAUAAUUUAUAACUUAAUAUAUUUUCUCCGGCAGUUUCCUUGAGUAUAUCAAAUUCAUUUCCAUUAUUUUCUACAUAUUUCCUUGGCCUUUAGUCUUUCGUUUCACCCCUUCCCCAUGACCUCUUUGCUUCUUUUGAUUAUAUUUGUAAUGUCUGAUUAUAUUGUAAUGUCUUUACUCAUUUUUACUAAUCCUAUUUUUGUAAGAACUUUAAAUAACUUUAUAUUGAUUUUAUUUUGACAUAAGAGGUCCCUGGCAGGAAAAUCUUUAUUUUUUUAAAUGUAUUUAUUUUUUUCUCUAAAUGUUUAACCCACUUCUCAAUAUGUCAUGACCCACGUGCUUAUGUCCCUAAAAAAAAUAAUAAUUUGUGGUGGAAACCUGUAAAGAUGAACUUCAGUCUGUGCAGUUAAUAAUUCUGGUUAUCGUGGAGAAUGCAUUACAUUUAAAUUUGUUCUCUCUCUCAAUGCACACUAAGUGGAAUUUGAGUGCUCUCCUUUUAAAUGAUGUCUCUAAAGGAUAUAAAUAUAUUAAAGAAGUCCUCUUAAAGAUGUUAAAGUCCCCCAUGAUAAGCUGCAUCUUACAUUGAAACCCCCCCCCAAAAUUAAAUAGAAGUUAAACCACUCAAAUCACGUUGCAUUCAUCAGAUUGAUUGUUAAUGAUUGUGUAAUGUGUAGAAUAGUUGUCAGACAGUUUAUAAUUUAUGAUUAAAAAUGUCAUUUUAAAAACAAGCAAAAAAACACGAUUUAAGUGACAACGAUAAUGAGAUUGAAGAAUAAUCUCAGGUCCUCUCACUUUUCCUUGGUGGUAUUAAUUACAGAAAUUGUCAUUGGAGACUGUUGAACUUUGUUGUAUGUACUCGUCUAGAACAUCUGCUGACAUGAUGUUUUAGUUUCUAAUUAGUUCGAUUGUCUUCCAUUUUGUUGCAGCUCAUUCUUUUACGCCUUUGUGAAUCUGCUGAUCAGUUCCUUCGUAGUAUUUGUCAUCUUUAUUGCAAGCACCAUAGUCAGUGUUGGAUUUAACAUGUGGUGUGAAGCAAUCACAGAGAAAGGAACUAUGCCUAACAGGUUAGUAGACUAUUUCUCUCUCCAGCAUGGGAAGGGUUAAUGCCAGAUCUGCUUAACUGGUGUAGAACUACAAACUCCAAAAUCGCUGCAUAGUCAAAACUAGAUUGCACUAACAAAUUGUUCUUUUCUGCUCUAUAAUACAAAUAAUGUUUGUGUUUGUAAACGUGCAUAUAUAUACACACGUUAGACUUGUGCACAUCAGAAAAUGUUAUUUCGUCUGAAAAAUAUAAAUAAUAAUUGGUUCAGUUGAUUCGGGAUUCGUCCUUGUGACUUUUUUUGUUUGUGACUUGGAUUACAGGUGUUAAGAAGUAAGCAGUAGAGAGAGAAAAGUAAAACAUAACUAUAUUUAUAUAUUUAUUACCUAAAUAUAAUUUAUUAAAUUAUAAAUAUAAAUCGCAGUGAAAACUAACCAGUCAUCAAUGUUUCCAGCACGGUGUUGUUGGAAUUCUCCAGGGUACCUUAUCAAUUGAUUUCUUUAGUUUAUUUUUGUGGAAUAAGAAUUGUCUGACUCCUCAAAUAAUCAUUUAGAAAUAAUUAGGAUGCAGUAACAUAAGAAAAUGUGAAUCAUAUUUCACUGACUGAUAUGACACACACAUAUAUGAAAGUUGAAAAUAGAACAUGCAAAACCUCUUCUGCCCAAGGUUUUGGAAACUGCAAUCUUAAUAAUGUUAUUUUUUAUAUAUUCUAAGCUGCGAAGAGCUACAGGCUAAAGAUCUGGAACUUAAUUUGGAAAAUGCAUCCUUCUAUGAUCAGUUUGCCAUUGCACAGGUAAAUCUUGUUUACGUGAUUUUGUUUAUUAUAUAGUGAUAACCGUGUUAACGUUCAUCAUCCUGUUCAACGUUCCUAUAAUUCGAACAUCUUUAUUAGUUUAGGUCUAAAACCUUGAUGAAUAUCCAUAAACUCAGACAUCAUAUGUAAAAUUAAAUGUACUUGAAAUAUAUAGAUUGUUACAUUUGUCCUUUAAAAGUGAUUGAUAGGCGAGGAUUCUGACCUUGUGAAAUAUUGUUUGACGCUACAUCCCAAUUACACAAUUUAAAUGCAAAUGGGAAGCGUAAAGGACACACCAUUGAUUUUCCAUGAGCCCCAUUCAUGGAUUUCCAAAGUUAUCCUUUGAGAAUAGCACUUUGUUACACUACUCUUUUCAAAUGACUUUGAUUUCUCCAGUUAAAUGGUCGUUCAUUUUACUUAUGAUGAGGAUAGGGUGAUAAAAUCCCUCCUUCAUGAUAUGGACAUUAAGGAGAAAGUACACACAAGUGAACAACCGCAUGUCUUAAAAAGGUCCAUAAGUCUGCCAUUUUACCAGAGAUUCCCUGAAGUAUAGUUUCAUGGUAGCCGUUGACCGUUCCGCAGUGCGCUGGCUGGAGUUAUCUAUAUCUGGAAUGUCUUUAACUGUCUUGAACUACCCAGCUCAUAGAUAUUAUAUAAUGGACAUAGAAUAGAUUAACAAAAAAUGAGAAGUUAAAUGGUGAUUGAGAGGUCAGUAGAGAGAUAAAUGGCCACAAAUCAUGGAUCUGUUCACUUUAAAUUAGAAGUCAUUCUCAAAAACAAUUAUACUGAUAUGAGAAAAGAAAUGUUAAAAGGGUUGUAAACCUGAAAAUGAUAAUUUGACUUUACUGCCCAAGGUUUCUGAAUUGUAAACUGUAUUAGUUUAAUUUGGUUUUUUUUUAAUGAGAGAAAUAUAUUGAAAACAGGAGAAAGACCAUUUCAUUAUUUGAAAUUGACAAUUUCAACAACCUAAAACAUAGCUAAAUUAUUUAUAAUUACUAUCUGUAUUAUUUAUUUAUUUAUUUAUUUUUUUCUCCCAUUUCAGACAGUACCAGCCAAAAUAUUUUUCAGAUACUUCAUUGUUUAAGGCUUUGGCAGAGAGUCAUCAUCAAUAGUGUAUUAACUCCUCCUGUCUCCUUAAUCCUAAUUUAACCUAUAUUUUUUAAAUUAUCAUCUGGUUCUUAACAUUCUUUAAUUCAAUCCUGUGAGAGUCUGUAUCUCAGCCAAUAAAAUGAAUAAAGGUGGGGUUAACACCUUAAUUUAUAGGGAAUACAUUUCUCAAUCCACAUUCAUUCAUCAGUCAGUCAUACGUUUUCUUGGUACAGUAGUGAUAUCUCAUUAAUCUUAUCUCUUAUUUUACAGUCGGGAAGUAUAUAAUGGCUAGUUUAUAUUAUUUCUUGUGUUAGAUCCUUCUCUUCUUGUUCCAGCAAUUUUAACCAGUUAAUCAAAAUAUCAUUAUCUCUAUAAUUACUUCUAAUUCUAUUUACACCUAUUUCCAUUCGUAUCUGAAAUUUUACUUGUUGGAUGAACAUCACUUUAGAAAAUUCCUGUGUCUUUUUCCAGUUUCUGGCUAUAAUUAGUUUCGUCGCUAUCAAGCAGUGUAGUACCAAUAUUUGUUUUCCUUUGUUUAAAGUAGGCCAUCUUAAAUGUAACUGCAUCAUAUCUGGGCUAGUCUCUAUUUUAAUAUUAUCUAGUUUGAAUAACAAAGUUCUCACCAAUUCCACAAGGGGGUCACUAUUUUACAAUUCCAUCAUAUGUGAAGAUAGUCCCCUCUUGAUUCUCCGCAUCUCCAACAUAGGUGAUCGUUAUCUACUAAUAUUCUAGACAUUCUAGAAGGUACUAAGUACCAUUUAUUUAUCACCUUAUAAUGGAUUUCCAUUAGGUGUAUACUGUGCACGUAUUUAUUUGCCUUAAUUAAUAUCUCGUACCAUUUUUCUAUAUCUAUGUUAAUAUGUAGUAGUUUCUCCCAGCUUUUUAUUGCUGUUGGAUAAUUUUCUGUUACCCUAGUAUCUAAUAAUUUGUAACUCUUUGAGAAUAGUUUUUUGUUUCACUAUUAUCAAAUAUAGUUUUGAUUGCAUUAUACAUGUCUCCUUGAUUCAUAAAAUUAUACUUUUUUAAAUAGCUAUUCACUCUUAAAUAUGAAAAGGCUUCUUGAGGUUAGAGAGACGCUUCACUUCUCAAUGUAUUAGAGGGUUUUACCUUAUUAUUCAAAUAUAUAUCUUCUACCUUUAUAAUAUAUUCUUUCCAUUUUUUUAGAGAAAUAUUAGGUAUUUCUCUUUCAAUGUGUUUUAUAUUUUGGAAACCAAAAAUCUUAUUUUUAAUUUCUUUUUUAUCUUUUCCCAAAUGGGAACUAAAUGAUUUAACACAUAAGAGGCAGAGUAUUCACAUAUUUUGUUAUUCCAUACUAUAUUAGCUAAUUUCUUAGUUUGACAUAUUUCGGAUUCUAACCAGAACCAACCCUCUUUAUAUGUAGCUUCUUUCUGCAAUAUUGCUAAAUGUGAGAUUAUCCCCGCCUCGUAGUAUUUUUCUAUAUUCGGAUAGCUUAGCCCACCUUUACUUAUAUGUUUACUUAGCGUAUCUAUUUUUAUCCUGGGCUUUUUGCCUCUCCAUACAAAAUUAGCAAAUGCUGAUUUAAUCAUUUUUAGCCAUGGGAUAGGAAUUGUUAACGGCAACAUCCUAAACAAGUAUAUCCAUUUAUGAAGGAAAUAGGCUCUUAGGGUGUUGACUCUCCCCCACCAUGAUAUUUCUGCUUGGCGCCAUUCCUUUAAAUCUUUUUUGGUAUUUUUUAAGAGGUGUAAGAAAUUUGUUUCCAUUAAUCUAUUUAUAUGUUUAUUUAUUCUAAUCCCUAGAUAUACAAAUUCUUCUGGUUGAGAGAAGCUAAUUGUUUUGGUAUUCAAUUAUUUUACUUAAUUCUACAUUUUUGUACAUUGCAAUCGAUUUUGUCAUAUUUAAUUUAUAGUUUGAUAUAUUACUGUAUAAUUUGAUUUCUGCCAUUAAUUGAGGAAGUUAAUUUUCUAAGUCUUUAACAUAUAGAAGGGUGUCAUCUGCAUAUAGUGAUAUUUUUACGUCUCCAUUAGAUGUGUUAAGGCCCUUUAUUAACUGAUUUUGUCUUAUUUUUAAAGCAAAAAUUUCUACUGUAAUGAUUUACAGGAUUGGAGACAGGGGACAUCCCUGCCUCGUUCUGUUUUCUAAUCCAAACCAGGUGGAACAUAUAGUUUGGCCUAUAGAUCUUGCUGAUGGAUUAGCAUACAAAGCGCCUAUCGCAUCCAACAUCCACCCCGAGAUAUUGAAUGCUUCCAAGGCCUUAAACAUGAAUCCCCAGCUGACCCUGUCAAACGCUUUCUCUGCGUCUAGAGACAGGAUCAGCAGGGGAUCAUUAUUUCUGUCCGACAAAUCCAUUGCAUCUAUCAGCCUCCUCACAUUAUUUCCUGAAUGAAUCCACAUUGAUCUGGGUUGAUUUCAGGCAGUAUUGUUUUUAAUCUCUUGGCAAUAAUUGAUGCAAACAGCUUGACGUCUACAUUUAUUAAGGAAAUCGGUCUGUAAUUUUUCACUUCCGUUGCUGUUUUCCCGGGUUUUAAUAUUGGCAAGAUGUUUGCCUUCAACAUUUCUUGUGGAAAUGCCCUUUUUAUUUUUAUAGCGUCGUUAAAAGUCCUAGUUAAUGGAUCUGCUACUAUAUCCUUCAUUACUUUAUAGAACCUAUUGCUAAAACCGUCUGGUCCUGGGGUUUUAAAGUAUACUAAUUUGUUUAUUUGUUCCAAUACUUCCUCUUUUGUAAUGUCUUUGUUUAAUUUUUCUCUUUGUUCUGUAGAUUGUUCUGUAGAUAUUUAAUAUAGUUAUCUAUUAUCUCACCUGAAUUGUUUUUAGGUAGAGAGAAGUGUAAAAAUGUUAAAGGCUUCUCCUAUUUCCUUUGGUGCUCUACAUGUUUUUCCUUCAUAUAUAAUUUUAUUGAUUCUGUUAUCUGCUUUUUUUUUUUUUUUAGUUGAUUUGAUAGAAUUUUAGCCACCCUGUUUUGUCGAUAAUAGUACUUAGUUUUUAAUUUAAACAUUUUUUUUCUAUAUUUUCUAAUAUUCUAUUUUUGAUAGUCUGUUUAAUUUUUCCUAUUUUUAUUUGACCUUCCUUAUCUGGAUUUGCCCUAUAUUCUUUGGUAAUUUGAUAUAAUUGAAUAUAUAACUUAGAUAACCCCAAUCUUUCUGUUUUUUUAAUUUUUUUUUAAAUCUUUAUACAAUGCCCUCUAAUAGUUGCCUUGUAUGCUCACCUGAUGUUAGAUCUGACGACUCUAAGGGACUAUUUUCUGCAAAAAAAUAUUCUGAGACUUUUCUCAAAAGUUCUUGAUUUUCUUUAUUGUAUAGGAUUGACUCAUCUAAUUUCCAGGUUGUCCUGGGAUGGAUGAUCUUCCCUUCUUUUAGUUUCAAUAUGAUACUAUUAUGAUCUGACCAGAUCAUUGUUUUAAUCUCUAUCUGUUCUACUUUUUCUAUUAUGCUUGAGUCUCCUAGAAAAAAAAUUCUAUUCUUGAAUAAGUUUUGUGGGGCCAUGAGUAAAAGGUAUAUUCUUUGUUUGUAGGGUUUCUUAUUCUCCAACUAUCAUAAAGGUUUUUUUUUUUUUAAUAAUAUUGUAAAAGGUUCUAGUGUUCCUUAUGCCUUUUUUUUAAAUCUAUACUUGUAUUAUUUUUCCUACAUUUAUCCAUUGCUAUGUCUAAAACACAGUUGAAAUCCUCCCCGAAUAAUAUAUAGCCCAUGGCAAUUUUUUCUACUUGUUCUAGAACUUGAGAAAAGAAUUUCAUCGGGUUGAUAUUGGGCAGAUAUACGUUUACUAAUGUGUAAAGAUCACCGUUAAUUGUGCAAACUAAAAUUAAAAACCUUCCCUCUGUAUCGCUAUCCUGAUGUUGUUGUAUUUCUACUUGUAUGUGUUUUGAAGACAUAAUUGCCACUCCUGCUGUUUUUUCUUCUUUUUUAGAAGCGCUAAUUACUAAUGGAAAAAAUCUUUCACACCAGCUGGUUUUAUCUUUAAGGGUCCAAUGUGUCUCCUGUAUUAGGGCCACUUGUAUUUUCUCAGCUACUAAAUAAUCGUUAAAUGCUCAUUUUUUAUGAGACUUAUUUAGGCCCUGGAUGUUAAUUGAGAUUAAUUUCACCAUUCAGUGUCUAAUAAUCCAACCUCUCUUACUUCCUCUGCUGUUAUCCUUAACCACAAUGAUAUCCACCACUGUACCUAAUUCAUUCACACUUCCUAUAUACUCAUCCAUUCUACAUUCUUCUACUAAGAUCUCUAUAUUUCAGAGAUCUUCACUCACAUCAGCUUAAGAUGCCUACUUCUAGGCAAUCUCUAAGUUCUACUAAGAACUCCUGGGCGGAGUAAUUUGGACGUUGUGGAGGUGGGGAUAAUUUCUGUAACUUUGUAACUUUAUUGUUUACUUUAUUUUUAUUUUUAUAAUUCCUUUUAUGCUUUCAUUUAUUGAUAUUGCCUAUCUUUUUUCUGCUAACUUCUCUAUUUAGUACUUGGGCUUCCAGAAAAAAUAAACAAACAAAUAAAUAAAUAUACAGAUUACUCUUCAAUACUUCUCAUACUAUAUCCUUUUGUCUAUCUCCUUCUACUUUUCUUUUCUCUUUUGUGGUCUAAUCUAGCCUCUUUUAGAAUUUUAUACAAGUGCUGCCUCUUUUGUUUCCUUUAGUUGUGUGUAGUGUCAUAUAUUACUUAUUUUUAAUUGAUUCUAUUCUUUAUAAAUACUGUGGUUAAAUCUUUAUUUCUAUUCCCACAAACUAACUAACAAAAACAUAAAAAAUACACACACAUAUAUACACACAGAUUAUUCUUCAAUAUUUUUCAUACUAUAUUCUUGUGUCUAUCCCCUUCCACUUUUGAACACUUUUAUUUUCAUUGCAAACUUUAAAAGUAAAUCGAAAGCAUGUAAUGAACUUUAUCUAGAAAGAUAAAUGAUGAUAUUCACAUUCAUCCAAAUUAUGGGCUAUUUAAAAUGGGUAAAUACAUGCAGGUAAGGGCCUAUCUUGUAUUAUGUAUGCCUGGGCACAUCUAUUUUUUUUUAAAUAGAUUACAAAAUAUAUACGUCAGAUUUUUAAACAGAUUACAAAAUAUAUACGUCAGUUCUGCAGAACUGGUGGCUUACAAACACAAUGUUACUAUAUUGGUCUAGAUUACAUUUCCACCAUUCAUAUUCUACUGUUAAAGGACCACUAUAGUGCCAGGAAAACAUACUCGUUUUCCUGGCACUAUAGUGCCCUAAGGGUGCCCUCACCCUCAGGGUCCCCCUCCUGCCGGGCUGGAUGUUGAGGAAAGGGGUUAAACUUACCUUUUUUCCAGCGCCGGGCGGAGAGCUCUCCUCCUCCUCUCCGCCUCCUCUCCUCCUCUUUGGCUGAAUGCGCAUGCACGGCAGGAGCUGUGCGCGCAUUCAGCCGGUCUCAUAGGAAAGCAUUUACAAUGCUUUCCUAUGGACGCUUGUGUGUUCUCACUGUGAUUUUCACAGUGAGAAGCACGCAAGCGCCUCUAGCGGCUGUCAAUGAGACAGCCACUAGAGGCUUUAGAGGCUGGAUUAACCCAUUUAUAAACAUAGCAGUUUCUCUGAAACUGCUAUGUUUAUAAAAAAAAGGAUUUAAUCCUAGAGGGACCUGGCACCCAGACCACUUCAUUAAGCUGAAGUGGUCUGGGUGCCUAGAGUGGUCCUUUAAGUACCAUAUUUGUUUUUUGGACUUCAUUAUGUGGUGUAUAUAAAAUGAUAGAUAACAGUUGUUUAGACUAUUGGUGUAUAAUAUUUUGAAUAUCUAGGCAGAUCUAAUGAAAUAUGUGCAAAGAAUUAGGGGGUUAGGAUAACCAUUAUGUGUGAUUUUAUGUGACCGUGCUCCCUCGACAUGUGCCAAUAAUUUUCUACUUGUUGUUUUUAUUCACUAUUGCCUUAUUGAAAGUUUCCUUGGAAUAUACUGAGUAACAAUAUUCUCAAUUGUUCUCUCAAUCUAUUUUUCAGUUUGGUCUUUGGGCAGCCUGGCUUACUUGGCUCGGUAUCACAAUACUAACGUUCCUUAAGGUGUACCACAAUUAUAGACAGGAGGACCUGUUGGACAGCCUGAUUCAAGAAAAAGAGCACCUGAUUAGAAAGUCAUCUUCCCACAGCUCAAUGGAAGGGGAGAGAAAUGGCAUGAUUUGAUACUAGUCAGUAAGCCAUAAUGUUUUGUUGUUAAUUUGUCAGAUUUCCUUACACUAUACAACAACAUAUCGCAGCUUGCCAGUAUGCAAGAAACAUUAAAACGCAUGCUAUUUUUUAACUUAUUAAACCCCUCGAGCAGGCAUAUUGUGAUGUUAUAAGUUGACAGAAAUAAUGAAGCCAAAAAUGUAACUAGUACUUCAAUAGGUAAAAGGCCUGUUUCCUACCCUACAAGGUAAUGCAUGCUAACACAUAAUAUAAUUAUUUAUACAAUAAAAUAAAUAUUUAUUCAUACAAUACUAAACUGCCGUUUAUUAACCCCUUAACGACACAACUUCAGAAAUAAAAGGGAAUCAUGACGGAAUAUUUCCGUCACGUGUCCGGUAUUAUGUAAUCAAGGCAGAAAUAUUUAAAUAUUUAUUUCCUCUUAAAAUAAAAUGGUACAUUUUUCGAUUUAUUGAUGUUUUUGCAAGGCUGAGGGUAGCCAUUCUUGUAGUAUAACGUGCAUAUCUACACGUACACUCCUCUCUCUAGCCCUGAAUUUGUAAAAAUCCAAGCAUGUUACUUAUUGGUUGCUAAAUUAAGGGCAGGAGAGAGUGCUUGUUUUCCACCGCAGUUUUAAAAUGAUUCAUGGUUAACUACAGAGUAAUGUAUGAAAUGAGAAACAAAUAUACAUUUUUGAAGACAUAUGAAUGUAUGACACUUAUUAGCCUGAGGUUGGCACUUACUUAUAUAACUGUAUAACAUUGUAAAUCUGCAUCCGAUUAACAGAUUUAGAUGUUAUUGGCUGUGCGUUAUUUAACAAGUUAUGUUAUAUAUUAUAUUGCACUUUAUAUUUGCUGUAUUUUAGGUGCCAUGUCUAUAUUUAAGUACAUAACCCAUUAUGAUAAUGUACUGUAUAUUGUAAUGACACAUUUAAUCUUGCUGUACUGCAAAGCCAACAUUGCAAGGUACAUAUGGUGAUGUUCACAAUGAUAGUAACUGAAAAGUGGCUCAAAAAGUACACUUGAAUGUUCUGUAGAGAUUGUAAAUCAACCUCAUGUGAAUGAUAUUUAUUUAUAAAGUACUGAUGCAUUUAGCAAUGUGAUACCAGACGCAUCCAAGUGAAUAAUCAAAUAACCUGGGAAGGACUUUGUUUAAAUAAGCUAUUUGUAUAUUUGACAUUAAAAAUGAAUUAGGAGCAGCAUACUGAUUUGUAGCCCCUGGAAAUAGUCCAACCAUAUAAUAUAGGAAUCCCUUUAAAAAUGUUGAAUUUGAAAAGUUGGUGACAUUAAGAAAUUUUACAACAUUAUAGCACACUUCAACAAAAAUGGGCAUUAUUCCAGCACUGGAUACAUUGUUGUAUCUGUUGUUAAAAUGGCACAGGUAUAGCUGUGGACCUGCAAUUUAGGAUUAGGAGUAGUUAGGGAGCUUAGGGAGAGUUUACAAUUAGGAAGGCUUAAGGUUGAAGGGGACUGAAGGUUUCAAGAAGCAGUGGACUAUAACUUGUAUCACUGUCAAUCACACUUCACACGGAAAAACAUAUUAAAUUACUCUGGCUAGUCUUCAGCAGACUCAAGAACUCACUAAAUUGAUCUACACAAAAAAAACAAAAAAACGUGGUCGGCAUACACAAAGGACCAUACUUUGUAAGAAAUUCUUGCUUUAUAUCUCAUUUCAAAUUGUCCUUAAACUCCUGUGACCACACGUAUAAAUUCAUGUAAAUAUUAAAAAUAAAAUUACUUGCAAAUCCAAGACAACUAGUGAAUUACUGCUGCCGGAUCACUUUUGUGAGUCACCUGUGCUUAUGCUGUACAUACAUCAAAUGCCAGAGUUUAUCGAUAGCAUAUCUCAGUAGAGCAAGAUAUUCUCCAGUAAUUUUAGUGUAAGUGGUACCAUCAGAUGAAGUACAGAUUACUUUUUGCAUGAAUUACAUAAAGGGAUUCUGUGAUCAUAGUGUAUAAUCGUAUUUUGUGUAAGUAGUAUGGUUUAGCCUUAAGUUAUAUGUUUACGACUGCACAGUGCUUUCAGUGAUGUUACGGUUUAUAUCUCCUGGGAAAAACAAACAUUCAAACAGCUCCAUAUAGUGUCAAAUCGCUGUGAUACAAAACAUGUAAUAUAGUAGAAAACAUUAGUGAUGUAAAAAUCUUUAUUCCAUCGAAGUGCGAGAAAAUGACCCAUAGACACAAAUGGCUGCCAGGUAUAGGUAAAAUGCAGUCACGUAUCUUUCUCAUCAGUAUAAUUUAGAUAGAUAUGUACAGAUUUACGGAAUGUUUUAGAACUCUGAUAAUAUGCAGUAAGUUAACUAUAGUACAAGCUGAUGUCAUGCAAUUUCUACUUUUAUUUUUUGAUGUAUGAUCAAUAAAUGGUCAGAAAAUAUGUAUGUGAUCUAUUUCUUAUAAUAUUUCGAGCCUAAUUUUUGUUUUACAGUAAGUUCCAUUUUUACUUCCCGUUGUAUCUCAAAUCUUAUUUUUUACCUUUUACUACUGUAAGAAAUGUUGCUUUCCUGAAAAAUUUAAACUUCAACUGUGUCUUGAAUGGAAGAUGACUGCAGUAGAGACGUACCUUGGAUACAUGGCACCUGGGGCACAUAAACUCACAUAUAAACACACACACUGACUCAUUUACAGACACAUUCCUCUCAUGUGUCCCGAUUUAGGAGAGAAAGUCCCUAUUUUGGGCCCAAACCCCCUGUCCCUGUUUUCUAGGAGCUCCAUAUUGUUGGUGUGUCUCAGUGUCUCAGCAAUACUACUCCCAGUAAUGUAUCCAUGCAGCAUCCCUCUACUUACCUUGACAGGUAGAAUUGGAGCAGAUCCUUGUCCCUAGUGUCCAGCAAGGUGCUGCUAGGAUCAGUUUAUCUGUACUGAUUUUUAGUGCAAGCAAAACCCAGGAGGCCAGCACCGCGAGCACCCACAGCACAAUGGCAGAGCAGAAAUCGACCAUGUGCUAUCCAACACACAUGUGGUGGGAGGGGGCUACUCUGUGCUCCCCGCUGCUGCCUGUGCCCUUGGUGGUGGACCACCCCCAUCUUUCCCCUUAGUGCCCUACUGGACUGCAGUGAAAUGUAUCUUUCAUGACCGUAUAAUGUCAGCACAUUAACUACCUGGAAAAGAAAAAAAUCAAUAUAUUCUAGCAAUGAUCUGUUUAAAUAUUAGCAUCUAUUUGAAUCAUUAAAUGUACACGCUGUAAACGUCAAACAUGAUUAUAUUUUCUGCAGUAUCCCUUUUAAAAUCUUAAAGGUAAAAAUGUUACAUGCUAACAAAACUUCAUCACUCAUUAGGUUUGAGGAUUGCUCAUCUCAAUGCGGGGUAAAAUUCCAAGGCAAGCAUAAUUUUACAUGUCUUUAAAACGGCAAAAUAUCUAAAGAUUCAUAUGAACAAAUUUUAUCUUUCAAAUGCUAUUGCCAAUGUAAUUUCCAUAACGCCUAUGGUACAUAGUGAUGUGUAUCGGAUUAAAUAGCACUGUGCAAACCACUUACGGUUGAACUCGUGGGCAAAAUAAUACACUUUCCUUGAACUUCCACCACUUGUGCUUCCUUUAUGUGCUUGCUCUGAUGUUAAUGAUAUUUUUUAUAAUUACUUGCCUACUUUAUUUCAUGAUUAAACAUUUUAAUUUUAGAAAUGGAAUUUUUUUUAGCAGAAUAUUUAACUUCUAGGCAUUAAGCUGCUAUUGUUAAAAUAUUGUUAAUGAGCGCCUUAAUGUGUGACCGUCUAAUUGUUUUAAAAGUUCCUGAGAAUUAAGGUGACGUAACGAAAAUGCAGCACAUAAAACGCACACAAAGAUAUAAUUGAAAGGGAUUUAUUUUGGAUUUGCUUAGCGCUAGGGGGGCUUGGGUUAGAGCAGGCCUUCGGCACUCCAGAUGUUUUGGACUACACCUCCAAUGAUGCUUUGCCAGCAUUAUGGGUGUAAGAGCAUUAUGAGGGAUGCAGUCCAUGACGUCUGGAGUGCUGAAGGUUGCCUAUCCCUGGGUUAGAGGAUACGUAAGAAUUAAGGACUAUCUUAUAAGGUGAGAAAUCUCAGCUAAGUAAAAUAGCAAUUUGUGCUCAUCUAUUCAUUUAUUACUAGCAUAGUGAUAAAGACAUAGUGCCAAGACUAUGCUUUACAAUUAUACAGUUAAUUAACAAGAAGUAAUUACUAGCAGCCAAAGAAAUAAUAUUGUCAGACAUAAGGCGAAGAAGACCUUGCUCAAAUAAGCUUGCAAUCUUGAAGGAACUGGGCUAAAGGAAAUCAAGACAACAAUGUGUCAGAUGAGAGUUAAGGUUGAUAGAUAUUGAAGUGCGGUGGUCAGUAAGUGCAGGGGUAGAUACGUUUUGAUUACCUGAAGUGUCAGCAGUUUGAAACUGAUUCCUUAAAGUAAUUUGUUAAUGUUAAACUCAAAUUACCCAUAUAUACAUUAAAUACAUCUUUUCUCAAAACUACAUCAUCUAUUCAAAGUAAAAUACCAAAAUAUACUCAUCUCACCUCCAUUCCAGUGCCACCAUCUUUACAACUCCAUGGGUGGUACUCUUCAUCAACAGACACCUCUGGUUCAUUUUUUUGCUUCUCCUCCGAUCUUCGAUUUGCCCUGCUUGGGGACGCUUCAUUUAUAAAAAUACAAGUGACCAAAAUGCUAUACUAAAAAUAUUUUCAUAAAGAAGAUUGUGCUUGUAUCUCACCACCUUCUUGAUAUAUUUUUUGGAUCUCUUAUCUUCCAAUACGUGUUUCUGGCUGGUAAUAGACAGUAUGUUAUCAAAUUUACCAAAAGAACCCUGAGACAAUGGAGAAGUAUCCUUCUUCCUCUGUUUGCACUCAAAGUUUCAGCCAUGUGUUAGGUUUGAUAUCUGCUCUAAUCACUAUAUACCUAGUGUAUUAUAAAUUAAAUUAAAGCAUUGCAACCAAAGCACGUUUGUCUGUGAAAACUAUAUAAAACAGGCUUUUCGUACAGCUAUAAUUAUUUGUGUAUUCUCUAUAAAAAUGCUGCAUCUAUUAUAUUCUAAUGACUCAUGCCAUCACAGAAAAAUUAUACAGACUUUUUUUCUUCCAAACGAAAUUAUUAAUUGAAUAAGGAAGCUAUAUGCGUGCAUGUACUAUUAUUCUGUAUAAACUGUAUUCUCGAAGGCUUUAAUACAUGUAUGUAUAUUUUGCUUACAUAUUAAGGAACAUUAUUCUGAAAUAAACAAUGUUUUUCAUAUCCGAAUGGUACUCAUGGAUAUUUUACUACUGUAUCGAAUGUUACGGCUCUUAAAGUACCUAUUUAUAAAUAAAAUUAUUAAAU